UUUUUUUUAUUUCUCUUUUUAGCACUAUUAUAAUAUUUCAUAUCACUUGAAUUUCUUAAUUUUUUUUUCAGCGCUUAUAAGGGAUAAAAUCAUAUAACGUGAUAGUUAUAGUUGAGAUGAAAGUGACUAUUAAGACAAUUACCCGUAAAGAGAAAUGGGUACUUGAAUGUGAGGAAGGUGAUACCGUUUUAAAUAUAAAACAGAAACUUUCAUCAGAUUCAGGCAUUCCUAGUGAAGAUAUUAAGUUAAUAUACGCUGGUCAAAUUUUAAACGAUUCUAAAACUAUAAACCAGUAUGGAAUUAAAGAUGGUCAUUCCGUCCAUUUAGUUCAAAGUAAAGCAAAUAAAAUUUCACCAUCGAAACCUGAAUCUUCUAAAUCUGAUUCUGUUAAUUCGGAGCCGACAGAAAAUAAUAAUUCGACUGGCGAUUUGAAUUCUGUCGAUCUCAAUUCUUUUUUGGAUUCUUUUAUAAGCAGUCCGGAUGGGUUUAGUUCUAUGAUGGGGAUGAUGAAUCCGCAAAUGCAACGAUUUUUAGAGCAAAAUCCCGAAAUCUCUCAGUCUUUACGGAAUCCCGAAUUUAUUAGAAGAUCACUUGAAAUUAUGCGUAAUCCCGCGUUGAUGCAGGAAAUGCUGCGCACACAAGACAGAGCCAUGCAAAAUAUUGAAAGCCAUCCGGAAGGCUACAACGCACUGCGCAGGUUGUAUACGGACGUUAUUUCUCCGCUUGAAAAUAUUAAUUCUGAUGCAACUUCUGAAAACAAUUCAUUUUCUACCAAUGAAGGAAACUCGUCUAUACCGACGCAUCCUUUGCCCAAUCCGUGGGCGGGAAAUUCGAAUACUUCUUCUGUUGAUCCCAAUUCAAACAUAAAUCCUGCAGGAAAUUUUGGUUCUCUCUUAGAAUCUUCUGCAUUUCAAGAGGCCAUGCGGCAAGUUUCGUCCAAUCCUGAGCUUGUUACUCGCAUACUCAAUAGUAAUCCUUACUUCCAAAGCAAUCCCGAACUUUCUCGGCUCCUGACUAAUCCGGACUCGAUGCGGCGCGUGUUUAACCCCGAAGUUUUUCGCGCGAUGGCGCAGUACCAACAAUCAUUACAAACAUUGACGCGCUCCGGGCUUAUUCCCUCGGAUCUUUCCAGUCAAGAUCUUUUACCUCCAGAAGGAUUUUCUACUGCUGUUGAUUCUCAAGGCAACACGCCUCCAGAAGAUCGGUACUCCCUUCAACUAGAAAAACUACGGGAAAUGGGCUUCAGUGAUGAUGAAAGUAAUAUAGCGGCACUCCGUGCGACGAACGGAAAUUUAAAUUUAGCUAUUGAUCGUCUUUUAAACGGUUUUAUGUAAAUAAAAAGGAA